CCUUGCUCUCCUCUGUUUUGCUCCAACCAACUUAAGCUGACAUUUCUUUUAUUUCCUAAAUCUGUCAGAAAUUACACACUAGAAUUGUAGCAAUGCAAAGGCUCGUCUUACUAUCGGUGCUCCUUUGCGCCAGCUGCCAUAUCUCCCUUUCCUUGACCAAUGGUACUGCCAGCAACGGUACAGUGGCGGACGGACUACUGGAAAAUGGCAACUUUGAAAACGCCCCAAAUGCAACAAACAUGAAAGGCACCGUGGUUGUGGGACGCUACUCAAUACCAGGAUGGGUGAAUGAGGGGUUUGUGGAAUACAUUAAGUCAGGGCAAAAGCAAGGGGACAUGCUGCUGGUGGUGCCCGAAGGGGCCUAUGCUGUAAGGCUAGGAAACGAGGCAUCCAUCAAGCAGAAGAUAAAGGUGAUCAAAGGGAUGUAUUACUCCAUCACAUUCAGUGCAGCUCGGACUUGUGCUCAAGAGGAGCGUUUGAAUGUAACGGUGGCGCCUGAUUCCGGCGUUCUGCCCAUCCAGACUGUGUACAGUAGCAGUGGUUGGGACAACUAUGCAUGGGCGUUCAAAGCAAUAUAUGAGGUUGCAGAGUUGAUUAUUCAUAAUCCAGGAGUGGAGGAAGAUCCAGCUUGUGGACCACUCAUCGAUGCUGUUGCAAUCAAGGCUUUAUAUCCUCCUAGACCAACCAAUAAAAACAGUGUGAAAAAUGGAGGUUUUGAAGAAGGUCCCUACGUAUUCCCCAACACUCCAUGGGGUGUCUUAAUUCCACCCAACAUCGAGGAUGAUCACUCUCCUCUGCCUGCCUGGAUUGUUGAAUCCCUCAAGGCUGUCAAGUACAUCGACUCAGCACAUUACUUUGUGCCUCAAGGGCGAAGAGCAGUGGAGCUAGUUGCUGGAAAAGAGAGUGCCAUCGCUCAGAUAGUCAGGACCAUCGUCGGAAAAAUGUACAGGCUCUCGUUUGCGGUUGGGGAUGCUAACAACUCCUGUGUAGGUUCUUUGGUUGUCGAGGCAUUCGCUGGAAAAGACACACUCAAAGUCCCAUAUGAGUCAAAGGGCAAAGGGGGAUUCAAGCGUGCUGAGCUUAAAUUCAAGGCUGUUUCCAACAGAACAAGAAUCAUGUUCCUUAGCACUUUUUACACCAUGAGGAGUGAUGACUUCUCUUCCCUAUGUGGCCCAGUCCUCGACGACGUGAAGCUUUUGAGCAUCCAAACUUCCCCGAAUCCUUGAUCAUCAUCGACCUGAUUUACAGCCGUCGAUGAAGCAAGCCACAUAUGCCCUAGAAUCUGGCUAUAUUGAAUGUUUUGCUAUACUACGAUGUUUUCCCCCUAUUUUAGCAUGCUUUGUGAGAGUUUAAUUAGUUUAUUAAUCCAACAAAAUAUAUACUAA